GGAAGAACUGAGAGGUGCAGGUUCUGUGCAGGCUGAGGGGCAGCCCGCGUGAGCCGGUGAGGCUGAGUUUUCUGAGAAACCCUAGAAGGGAGGCUAUGGGGCAAAAGCCUGACCCAAAGGGCUCACGGGCUCCACCUUUGAAAAGAGACUCUGAUGCCCGGCCUUGAGGCAUGAAGAAGGCCUCAGCUCCAGGCAACAGUCUGUGCUUGUCCGCUAUUCAUGUGCCAACAGCCACUGAGUGGAGCAGUGGGGCUUUGCCGGGCUCCCCAUCUCUACCAGGAGACCCCUGGCGACAUGGCUGAGGUCACAGGGCAAAGAGCCUCUGGAGAGCACCGCUGAGGGGACUUUACAAGUCUCUGGAGACCCAUAGUCUGGAUGAGUGGCAGUCCCCCUGAGUAGUUCCCCGCCCUUGGAUCUCCCAUCUGGGGAAGUAGGACUUCUUCUUUUAGGGCAUGAAUGUCAGGCUUGGUGGUGACUAAGAUAUCUGAACCAGUGGGUGGAGAGAGUGUUUAAGUACCAGGCCUCCCUGUCCUCUGGCCAGAAGACACCUGGCAAGGACAAGCACAGCAUGGCCGGCCUGCGGACCCCGCUCCUCGUGGCUCUCAUCCUUCUUGCUGUGGCCCUGCAGACAUCCGAUGCAGGUCCCUAUGGUACCAACGUGGAAGACACUAUUUGCUGCAGAGACUAUAUCCGUCGUCCAUUGCCAUUACGUGUAGUGAAGGACUUCUACUGGACCUCAAAGUCCUGCCGCAAGCCUGGUGUUGUUUUGAUAACCUUCAAGAACCGGGACAUCUGUGCUGACCCCAACACGUCCUGGGUGAAGAGGAUUCUCUCCAAACUGACCUAGUGAGGAAGGCCUGAUGACCAUGGGCAUGGCCACUCCCAGGAAGGCUCAGCAAGUCCUAUCGCACUGCCGUCCAGCAAGAGCCUUGCCAACAAUGCUGCCUUCGCCAACCUCCAUGCCCUGGUCCUCACUCUGCCAGGCCUCUGGUCCUCCCACCUCCCCUCCAGCCCCUCCAGCCCCUCUAGCCAACAUGGCAGCUGAGGGAGCACAUUCUGGCCAGCCCUUUCCCAGCAUCCCCUCCGCACUGCUUUAGCUAAGGCUACGGCCCUUGCUUUGGUGCCCUGGUCCUGCAGAUCUGGGUGCUUCCCUUUCCCCAGCCUAGGGAAGACCCACAUGCUUCAAGUCUGUGCUACUCAGUUCCGCUUCCUGGAAGGUUGCUGAUAUCCGGAAUGUUAUUCUUGCCACUUGCACUCAUCCAGCCACUCACCUCUCAGGCUUCAGUCAAUCCUGGUGGGCACCCGCCAAGCCUCAUUCUUCAGACUUCCAUGGCUUCCACCUUCUCUCAGUAGAAUUCUCAGGAUUUCAGGCUAAUCCACUAAGCCCUGGGGUUAGGCCGAGG